UGAUCUGCUGAUUGCUACUAGCUCUAAGAUGAGCCAUUUCAUCUUCUCACCUUGCUGAGUCAGAGAUGACAUUAAGUUUUUUAGUGUUUCUCUUCUUUAGCUUCAGCCUGGUAUGUGUAACCUAAAGCAGCACAGUGGAUGAUUUGAGACCUUUGGAAGAGUAUGGCUUCUCGACUGAUCUCUAGUCCAGUAUGUUCAGUAACAGCAGCACUGAACAGCAUGUAUGCCUAUUAAGUCCUUAUGUUACAGAGGAAUUUGAUAGUCUGGAGUUUGUGAGGCAAGUUUAAGGCAGUAACCUUGUUCAGGGGUUUUGUUCCUCAGUUUAUAAAAAAUCAUACAGGAGCAUGUGAUCAUUGUAUCUGUCUUCCUUUAUUUCUGCAAAACAUAUAUUUUCACAGACAUCGCAUCCUGAGGGGAUAUAAAGUUUUUUAUAUCAGACUUUGAAAAACUUUUUGAGAAGCUGAUGAGAUGUGAAGUAAUUCCUUUAAACUUACUGAGGCACUAAUGAGCCUCACUUAUCCUGACAACUCUACUUGUACUUUAUCUUCACGCAUGCACAAAUGCACUUAAACCAUCUGCAUAUGUAUCAGAAAGAACACUUUAAGUUUUAAUUAGCUGUGCAAGACCUCAAACAUCUAAGGGGUUAAUGUGUACGUUUAUGUGUGUGAGUGUGGGUGUGUGUGUGUGUGUGUCUGACUUCAGCAUGACUGUGUGUGAUUUUGGGGGGGCGGGGGACAAGAAUCAAAAACAAAAAAAACAUCCAUGUGUAAAUAACUGUCAUACACCUCUGUUCAAAAGUCUGGGGUCACUUACUAAUGUCCUUAUUUUUGACAGAAAAGCAAUUUCUUCAAUGAAGAUGACAUUAAAUGAAUGAUAAAUCCAGUCUAGAUGUUGUUAAUGUAGUGACUAUUCUAGCUGGAAACAGCUGAUUUUUAAUGGAAUAUCUACAUAGGGGUACAGAGGAACACUUCCAACAACCAUUACUCCUGUGUUCUAAUGCUACAUUGUGUUAGCUAAUGGUGUUCAAAGGCUAAUUGAUGAUUAGAAAACCCUUGUGUGAUUAUGUUAGCACAUGAAUAAAAGUGUGAGUUUUCAUGGAAAAUAUGAAAUUAUCUGGGUGACCCCAAACUUUUGAACUAUAGUGAGUCGGAAUUGAAUUGCAAUGCCUACUUCCUUAAAAGAAAAUAAACAUUUAUCAUUGUAAGAGUGUUUAAUAACCCUUUAGGCGCCACAGUUUUUUCAAUAAAAUAUUCAGUUUUGAUAUCACUUUUUCAAAAGGUUGUAACUUGAAAAGUGAUAAAGGCAAACUGUAAAUGAGAAAAAAUCAUCAGUAUGAUCCAAAGCCAGGCAGCAGACAUAUGGAUUACAUAACUUUUACAGAUGUUUAUCGAUCAAGAUAGUAUUGCUUGGCUCAGAAUUUGUCAGAUCCCUGUCUCCGCGAUACGCAACAGGCUCAUCAGAAUGUCUGAUCCACUUGUGGUACUGUUCCUCAUCUCUCAAGCAAACCCAGCCAUCAUGAUAGUCAUUCACAGCGGGGCCGUGAAUGCCACUGCGGCCUCCGCCGCAAUUAUCAGUGCAUUUUCUCCCGCGGUUUCUACCGUGUCUGCUGCUAUUUCCACACUUUUGUGCAUCCCCAUUACCCACUCACUCUCCAUUAGCGGUGUUUUGACCACCCCUACUACACCCACCAUGUCCCCUCCUGCCACCCCAGACACGUGAAGCAAAGCAUCGGCUCCAGUAUGUGCUGCUUGUGGACUGUCAUGGCGCAUGGACUCGCUGCCUUACGCACAGACGCAGCGUCACUUUCUGUCUCACUGGAAAACUGAACAUCUUCAUCAGAAGGUGAAUACCCCUCUUCAGAAUCUGAGUCAGCCAUUACUUGACGAAGUACUUUGUCAACGGUGAACAGACCUCUUGGCAUGGUAAGUUUUCUCUCGCUUUCUCGCGCUGUCUUGCGCUCUGUUACGCUUCAACUGCAACCCUUGUCUCCUCGACCGGGGGGCGGUUUUCAAACUCUAUAAACUCCAAAACUUUGAAUGAAAACACGCCCACAAAUGUUGCUCAGAUUGAAGUCCCAGAUGUCCGCCAUCUCCUGGUGUAAAGUAGUAAUUACAUGAGGCACCAUAUUUGCAGCUAUGGCUUGUUAUGUUCAGCAAUGUUGCUUGUCGUAAUAUUGCAACUUUGGCGCUUAAAGGGUUAAGGCAAACUGAGCCUCAUAUGUUGGUAAAUUUCAACAUGAAAGCAACAAAGCAUGUAAAUUUGCAUAAAUAAUUACACAUCACCAUUUUGGCACUUUGAAAAAACUAAAAUUGGUAACCUUGUCUUGCCUCAUGUCAAUCUCUACUGAUGUGUAUAUAUGGAUAUGGACUUUUUUCCAUAUUCUAGGGUCACUAUCUAAAAAUUAUUUGUUUGCUGGAGCCAUUCAAUCAUUUGAAUCUGCUCAGAGGUGUCAAACAUAUGGCCCGUUUGCCAAUACUGGCCCAUUAGAGGGUCCAGCCCAGCCCACGGAAUGUCAGGGCCCCCACCCCAGUCCCUGCAUCAGCCCCCACCUGACCUCCCUUAUUCUCCCUCUCUCCCUCCUUUCUGUUUUAUUCCCUCUGUUUUCCUCUCUUUGGUUCCUCUCUCUCUGUCCCCUCAGCCGAUUCUCGCCGCGCUGCUCUCCACAGCAGCUGCACAUCAUAACUAAUCAGUCUCAGCAGUCUCAAGCCAGUCUCACGCUCCACACCCUGCCAUAUAGUAACUUCUGCUAUUGCAUUCCGCUGGCCCCGCAUCCCAGUUCUGCCACCCUGCCAACUCGGUCCAACCUCUGGAUUCCCUACCAAAACCUCUGGAUUCCCACCAACCUCUGGAUUCCCGGUCUGCCUCUGAAUUUCCUGCCAAUCGUGUCACCCUCACCUCGGAAACUCCUGCCUGCCUCUCUGGAGCAAGACACUCCGGUCCUCUCUCCGCUGCUGUCCCACGCUACAGGGAGCACCUCCCGGGCCGCCGGUUCCCAGAACGGACACCCCUCUACCCACCCAUUAGUGAGUUCUAGUUUCAUUAAUUUCCCCAACUGUUAUUAAUUUAGUUACGUAGUUAUCAGCCUGCCUCCUUUAGUUGGUCUUGUAGUUUCGUUCAAUAAAUCAGCUCUUUUCUUCAUUCCAACCACUCGUGUCUGUGUACUCUCUGCUCAGGUUCACCCCCUCGCCAUAACAGUACUAUCUGGCCACAAUGAACCCGGAGAGUACACAGCGCAGUCCCGAACCUUCCCUGCCCCUCAACUGCUCCAGGCUGCAACCAGCCAGGGGGCACUUCUCGGGCAACAUAGUCAAGCUCUGAAGGGCUUAGCGGAGUCUAACCAAGAUAUGUUCACACAGAUGGGCUCAUUAUCAGGUGGCUGAGAUGGCCGCACUGAUUGCACAACUAUUCUCCACUACCCCUCCUAUUGCUGCCCCCCAACCUGCCUCAGCUUCAGACCCCAUAGGGGGUAAUCUGGCCCCACCAGAUGCUCGAGAACCAUAUGUACCCACACCGGAACAUUAUGGAGGGGACUCGGGAACCUGCCAAGCCUUUCUAAUGCAAACAUCUUUAGUUUUUGAGUUACAGCCACUCACCUACAGUACAGAUAGAGCCCGCAUAAUGUAUAUCCUUAGACUGCUCAUGGGGGUGGCUCGUGACUGGGGAUUGGUGGUCUGGGCUACGCAGACCCCCAUCUGUCACUCCUAUCCAGCGUUCGUCCACAAGAUGACAAACGUAUUUGACCACCCCGUCCGGGGGCAAAACGCUGGAAGACGAAUAUACUCCCUCUGCCAAGGAGCCCGUAACACGGCGGAGUAUGCGGUCGGAUUAAGGACUCCCGCAGCGGAGAGCGGCUGGAAUGACGCGGCUCUCCAAGAGGUGUUCCAAGAGGUCUUAGCGAGGCAGUUAAGGAUGAACUGGCGAUGCGAGAUGAUUCCUCCUGUCUGGAUGACCUCAUCGAUCUUUCUAUCCGCCUCGAUAACCGCAUUCAGGAGCGCUGCCGGGAGAGAGGCAAGCAGAUCCUACAGUCCUCCCAGUCACGCCCCUAUUCCCAGCCACGUCCCUGCCAGCAUGGCCCCAGUCCCUGUCCCAGUCCCAAUCCCAAGCCCUGCUCAUCUCGGAGGAGGAACCUAUGCAGCUUGGUCGAGCCCGUCUGACUGAGGAGGAGAAGCUGCAGCACCACAGGAGAAAUGGUUGCCUGUACUGCAGAGAGGUGGAACAUUAUGCGGCCGGAUGCCUGGCCAAGCAGGUAAAAGACCUGGCUCGCCAGUGACUGGGAGAAUCCUGGUGAGCCAGACAUCAGUUUCCUCCCCCCUUCAGCAGUUCCGAGUCCUUUCCACCUUAACCUGAUGAGGCCAAGACCUCACCAUCUCCUCCCUUGUGAACUCUGGUGCGGAAGGGAUCUGGUGCGGAAUUUCAUAGACGAGUCCCUAGUCUUCGAACUCGGGGUCCCCACCGAGCCGUUCCCAACCCCGUUGUAUGCUCGAGCCCUGAAUGGAUGGCGCUUGGCCCAGGUCCGACUCAGGACCGUUCCAGUCACCAUCCUCCUGUUUGGGAACCAUCAGGAGCAGCUGUCCUUCUGCGUCUUCCAGACUCUACGUACCCCUUUAGUCCUUGGCUUCCCCUGGCUCAAACUCCACAACCCCCAUAUUGACUGGGUCCAGGGGAAAAUUUUGAUGUGGGGCACUGAAUGUCAUGCCACCUGCCUGCACUCCGCUCCAGCUCCCGCUAACCCGGCUCCUGCAGCCCCACCUAAGCCUGUGUACCUGUCGAGAGUUCCCCCCAAGUACCGUGAUUUAGCACAGGUCAUUGACAAGGACCAGGCCCUGUCCCUCCCCCCGCACUGUCCCUACGACUGCACCAUUGAGCUGCUGCACGGAGUCUCCCUACCCAGUGGACGACUGUAUAAUCUGUCAAAACCGGAGCACGCAGCAAUGGAAGCGUAUAUUUGUGACUCACUGGCGGUGUCCGUCUUCUUCCCCUGUCGGAGCUGGAUGUUUUUUCGUGAGGAAGAAAGACAAGACCCUUCGCCCUUGCAUUGACUACUGGGGACUCAACAACAUCACUGUUAAGACAAGUACCCGUUACCCCUGAUCAACUCGGCCUUCGCCCCUCUUCACAGAGUCACAAUUUUCACCAAACUCAAUCUACUGAACACUUACCACCUGGUCCGCAUCAGAGAGGGGGGAUGAGUGGAAGACGGCGUUUAACACACCCCUAGGUACUCAUAAUGCCCUUUGGCCUCACUAAUGCCCCCGCCAUCUUCUAGCAUCUAGUGAAUGAUGUUCUCCAAGACUUCCUAAAUUGGACUGUAUUUGUCUGCAUGGACAACAUCCUGGUCUUCUCCCGCAACCUAAAGGAACACUGUCAGCAUGUCCGGCAGGUUCUGGAGUGCCUACUACAGAAUCACCUAUUCGUCAAGGCCAAGAAGUGUGAAUUCCACGUCCUGACAGUCUCCUUCCUGGGCUACAUCAUCUCAGCGGGAGAGAUCAGGAUGGACCCUGCUAAGGUAGUGGUGGUGGAGGAGUGGCUGCGACCUGAGGACCGUAAACAGCUGCAGCGGUUCCUCGGAUUCGCCAACUUUCACCGCUGCUUUAUCAAAGACUACAGCCGCAUUGCUGCCCCCCUCACUGCACUCACCUCCACAACUCGAAAGUUGUGGAGGUGAAGUUGCCCCCUUCCAAUGGACCAUUUUUCCAAAGUGGUGUACUUCCUGCUCCUGCCCAAGCUUCCCACUGCCAGAGAAACAGCCGACCUCCUAGUGACCCAUGUUUUUCAUGCCUAUGGCAUCCCUGUACACAUUGCGUCGGAUCGUGGACCCCAGUUUACCUCCAAAGUUUGGAGGGCCUUCUGCUCAGCACUCGGGGCCUCGGUCAGCCACAUAUCAGGUUUCCACCCCCAGAGCAACAGAAAGGUCUGGUGGCUAAACCAGGAGAUGGAGGCAGUCCUCCAAUGCAUUUCAUCUGAGAACCCUAGUUCCUAGAGCUCCCAACUCCCCUGGGUGGAAUGCGGGCACAAUACAAUCCCCAAUGCCUCCACAGGGUUGUCUCCUUUCCACUGUGUGCUUGGGUAUCAGCCCCCCCUGUUCCCAGAACUCGAAGAAGAGAUAGCAGUACCCACUGUAGACACCCAUCUCUGCCAAUGCCCAAGUCCGACUUGGCGCCAAGCCCAUGCCGCCCUGCUCCGGUCUUCUAGGAGAACCCAGGACCAGGCCAACCACCAUCACUCCACCGCUCCAGUAUACACCCCUUCAAUACUUAGUGGACUGGGAGGGCUACGGACCUGAGAAAAGAACCUGGAUCCCCCGGCGGCAGAUAUUGGACCCCAGCCUGAUCAAGGACUUCCACCGUGAACACCCAGGAUGCCUCCUACAUGCGCCAGGAGGCGCAUGUAGGAGCCAUUCUAUCAUUUGAAUCUGCUCUAACCCAGAGGUGUCAAACAUAUGGCCCAUGGGCCAAAACUGGCCCACUAGAGGGUCCAGCCCAGCCCACGGAAUGUCAGGACCCCCACCCCGGUCCCUGCAUCAGCCCCCACCUGACCUCCCUUAUUCUCCCUCUCUCCUGCCUUUCUGUUUAGUCCCUCUGUUUUCCUCUCUUAGGUUCCUCUCUCUCUCUCUCUGUCCCCUCAGCUGAUUCUCGCCGCAGUGCUCUCCACAGCAGCUGCACAUCAUAACUAAUCAGUCUCAGCAUUCUCAUCUGCAGAACUCCGUGCAGCUGUGGUACAGCACACCUGUCAUUCAUCAACUGCCACAAAAGCCAGUCUCCCGCUCCACACCCUGACCCUGCCAGAUAGUAACUUCUGCUACUGCAUUCCGCUGGCCCUGCUGCCCAGUUCUGCCACCCUGCCAACCUGGUCCAACCUCUGGAUUACCUACCAAAACCUCUGGAUUCCCAGUCUGCCUCUGGAUUCCCGCCAACCUGGCUUACUUGUUGUUCUUAGAAUCUCUAAAAGUAGAAUGGGAGGCAGAGCCUUCAGUUAUCAGGCACCUCUCCUGUGGAACCAGCUCCCAGUUUGGGUUUGGGAGGCGGACACCCUCUCUAUUUUUAAGACCAGGCUUAAAACCUUCCUUUUUGACAAAGCUUAUAGUUAGGGCUCCAUGGGGGACCCUGAGGGGGUCAGCUGGUCUCUUUAUUUGCACAACUGACUUCCCCUCUCAACGUCCUUUAGUUUGCCCCUAGUUAUGCUGCUAUAGGCCUAGGCUGCUGGGGAACCUCUCUUGAUGCACUGAGCCCUUCUCUAACUACUUAUUACUAUAUAUACCAUUAUUGCAUUACACUCACUCUGUUUCUCCCUGUGUCCUUUCUCCGAGUGUCCCUGGUCCCAGAGCUGGAUGCGUCAGAUCUUUGGUUGUUCUCCCACCAACUGGCCUAGUCUCCAUCAUGUCCACUGUGGGAUGCUGCUGCUGACCUUCCUCCAGCCCACUGCUUCCAGCUGCCCAUUUCCACCAAUCUACUCUGCAUUGCCCUUACUAUACUUGAUUUGCUCAUCUACAUAUUUUUGAAUUUACCACCAGCUAUUUAUGUAUUUUAUUUAGUGCCAGAGCCGUACACCAUAGCAGUAAACUAUAAUCAGUUUCCAUGUUAGUUGUACUUUGCAUGUAUCAUCUAUCUUAUCAUGCAUGUAUCAAAUUGUGUGUUUUAUGGUCCUUGUUCGCCCCCCACCCUCUACCUCCACCUCUACCUCUAACCCUCUACCUCUAACCCUCUACCUCUACCUCUCUACCUCUUCUGUCCCUCUCAACCCGCCCGGCAAGCAGGCAGAUGGUUCCCCCCACAUAAAGAGCUGGGUUCUGCUUGAGGUUUUUUUCCCUGUUAAAAGGGUGUUUUCCUUGCCACUGUUGCCUUUUGACUUGCUCUGGGGGUCAGGCAUAUGGGUUCUGUAAAGCGUCUUGAGACAAUUUGACUGUAAUUGGCACUAUAUAAAUAAAAUUGAAUUGAAUUGAAUUCAGCCGUGCCACCCUCACCUCGGGAACUCCUGCCUGCCACUCUGGAGCGAGACUCUCCGGUACUAUCUCCGCUGCCAUCCCACGCUACGGGGAGCGCCUCCCAGGCCGCCGGUUCCCGGAACAGACACCCCCCUACCCACCCCGUUAGUGAGUUCUAGUUUCGUUAAUUUCCCCGACUGUUAUUAAUUUAGUUACGUAGUUAGUUACCAGCCUGCCUCCUUUAGUUGGUCUUGUAGUUUCGUUCAAUAAAUCAGCUCUUUUCUUUAUUCCAACCACUCAUGUCUGUGUACUCUCUGCUUGGGUUCACUCCCUUGCCAUAACAUGGGAUGACUUUGCAAAGUGUAAAAAUUACAGAGAUGACAGUAAAUGCAAUUUUUCACCGAAAGUGAUUUUUUAUAUAUAUAAGUUCAAUGUAUUUACAAGGCAUCGAGAGAACUUAACUUUCUUUCGUUAUAGUUCCUACUUUAAUUUCCAUGGUGUGGUGAUCAGGAUUACUACACAGAUGUGUAAAUGAAUGUAAACUUAAAAUAAUUUCUAGAUCUUGACAAAUUCUUUGAUCCUAAAAUAAAAAAACGAGAUUGUUCAGUUCCAGAAACCUGUGACUAAAUGUUUUGUGCCUUUUGUAGACACACUGUGAUCAGUAAGUUGUAAUGUAUAAAUGGUGAACUGAGGCAUAAUAUUGUUGAAAUUGAGUUUAUUUUUCUUAAGAAAUUUCAGUGUUCAUAAUGUUUUGCAAAAAAGAUAGUCCAUUAACUGUGAACAUUUUCAGAAUGUACUUUUUUGAGCAAAACAAAGGCAAGUAUUUGAAAGGUCAUCAUUUAUAGGCUAUUAUACCAUGAUUUUACUGGUCUGGCCCAUUUGAGAUGAAAUUGGGCUAUAUUUGGCCCCUGAACUAAAAUUAGUUUGACAUCCCUGCUGUAGCCAGUUUUGUCUGCAUCCUCAUCAAAUUUCUUGGCUAUAUUUCUGAAGAUAUUUAAUCCUUAAAAUGGCCAGGUGCGAGGUUGGCUGAGUGUGAAAAUGAAAAAUUCCCAGGUCUGAAAACAUAUGAAAUUCUCACACUUUAGCCAAAAUAUUUAACAGACAUUACUUUUAGUUCACAAAUACAUAACUAUGUGCAUCAACAUUUCUCCUGAAUUCUGUUUGAACUGAUGCAGACUGACCCUUAUGGAUUUUUAACGCAAUUUCAUUUAUGUUAAAUGAGGCUGAAACUUCUACCAGCAUGUUGAAUCAUCUCAGCACAGUAGCAAAUGUUUUCAGCGUUACUUAGGUAACCAGUGACAAUGGCCUGUUUUGUUUUUUGAUCAGAGAACCACAUCCACUUUGGGGGAGUUGUGUAUAUUUACAUGCUGGCCAGAGCACAUGAGCACAGCACCCUCAAUGCAUGUUUCUGUGUGAGUGUGUUUUAUGACUCUAUCAGGCAGGGUUGGCUGUUUGGAGUCAGGGCGAGCCCAUCGAUCGGCACAUGAGGGGGGCCCGCCUAGAGCUCUCGCUCCAGCUGCCCACCGGGUGUGAAGGACACUGAUGUGACAGCACUAAUUACAGAGGCAGGAAGCCAGCACUACAAACAUUCACAGCAGCAGCUCCAGCAGUCUCUCCUGGGCUAAACCCACCUUCCACCCCUACUUUACACCUCUCAUCCCUGGGGGGUGGAUUGUAUUUCCUAUCAUCCCAAAUUGAGGUUAUAUGCACAAAAAGUCAAGUCAACAGAGGCUCUGUGAGGAACAUCAAAUAAAUAACACAUGAACUUUAUUCUGUUAAAAACAUUGCAAAUGAGCUGUCUUGGAAUUUUGAACAGAUGAAACAACAGUGGAAAGAAACAGACAACUGAUCUAAUUUCUAACACUGGACACAUUUUUUUAGUAUUAAGGUCCAGCCUUAAAUCCAAAUCCAGUGGUUCAUUUUACAAGACUAAGAUUAUGUUUUAUCUUAAUUGCAAGCAAUAGAAAAAGGCAUUUUAUGCGAAUAUGUGAAGAUGGUUAUGUGCCGUAAGUAUUGUCUAGUUCAGUAACAGACCAAGAUUGACCAUUUCAUUUCUUUCUUCAUUGCUCUUUUAAAGCUUGGCACAGAUUUCUGUAAGAGCAAACUAACAACUUCAUAGCUUUCUUUUACAAUAAAGUCAUAGCUAAUUGUUUGAUUGAUUCUUCUUAUUUAAAGCUGUAUUCAUAGUUAUUCAUGUCCAACUAGAUGCAAGGCAACAAACCGUGAACAAAACACUGAUAUAUUGUCAUCUUAUAGACCAAUAUGUUGUUUCCUAGCAAACAUGGGAAUAUUUACACACUGAAGUGUUUUUGGGCCACCUGACACUUCUUUUAGCUCUAUGUUGGUCUCUCCAACUAAAUGUCUCUUGUCUUUACAAGCUAGUGUCUUAUAAACUAGUGCAAACUGGGUUUAUUCAAGCUUUGAUGAUAACAGCAGCUGCCUCUGGUUCCUUUGGUUUGAUUCAAUGAAACUGAACCAGAUCAGUACAAAGUUGUGGGUUGCAAACACAGAACAAUGAACUGAGAGAGGCUCAAAAGCUACAUCAUGGUGGAGGAAGUCACAGAGUUUAUGACCACACUUUUCAUAUUAAAUUCAGAUUAUAUCAUGUUAUUAUAAGAAUUUUAUCCUUUGUUAAGAUCAAAAUAAUUUUAAGUGCUACUUUACCCUGAAACCUAACCAGUUGGGGCAGAUGUCUGCCCUCCCUGAGAAUGGUUCUGCUGGAAGUCUCUUCUCUCACUAAACUGGAGUUUUUUUCCUCCACUGUUGUCAGUAUGCUUGCUCAUAUGAAAUCUUUGGAUUUGUUGGGUUUUCUAUGUUGAGUUUAGUGUAAUUUGAAUUUUAAAAAUAGUCAAUUAAAUUUUUUAGAGCAUGUAAUAUUGUAGGUAAUUAACCCUAACAUUUAAGGUUGUCAGGUUAAUCUCCAGGGUAAAUAACACUGUAGAGUACUUAACCUUAAUAUUCAGAUCUGUAAAGUAAAUUUAACACUCAUCUUAUUCGCUACUAGGAAGUACUUCAGUUCAUCUGUUGUUGUUUUAAAUGUCAUAUAUGAAUAAUAGUGAUUUGAUUUGAGCAAAGUUUGUGAAUAUAUACUCCUUCAGCGUAUUUACUGUCUACCUUUACUGUCUACCUUGCUAUUGUGUCUCGUUCUUUUACUGUUUGUUUGCAUUCAUGGCUUUCAAUUUGCAUUUAUUGUUGUAUGUUCUUAUCUGUCAUUCUGUAUGGAGCACCUACUAAAUUUGUUUCAAAAACUGCUCUAUAAAUGUAGGCUAACCCAUAUUCUAUGAAUAUUUCAGUAAAUGCCAUCAAAGUGAAAGGGGUUUGGAUUUACAGCUGCAUGUUUGGUUCCAUCUCAUCGCUCUCACCCUUCCCAUUGCCAGCAGCAGGAUGGACCAUGGAGACCGACGGAUGGGCGUUUCUCACCUUCGCUAUGAGGAUGAGGAGGACCAUCAAUCUAUCUACAUUGGAGUCCCAGUACCUCGAGGAUAUCGACGUAAACGCAGGCGAAGGCGCUCCAGUCGAGAGGCUGCUGACAUGGACAGGGACAGAUGUUACAGCCACCAAAGACACCAUGAGCAUGACCGCUACAGAGACACAGACAUUGAGGAAGGACUCAUGGAUUCAGCUGAACAGAGUCUCCAAGACAUCAGCCACACAAUGUCUCCAGCAGCAGAGCGGCUACGUUACAUCCUGAGUGAAGAUGAUGACAUGCCCACUCCGACGCUCUUCACUGAGAUGGACACUUUACAGCGAGAAGGAGACGAGCUGGAGUGGAAGGAGUCCGCCAGGUGGGUGAAGUUCGAGGAGAAGGUGGAGGAGGGAGGAGAGAGGUGGAGUAAACCCCACGUGUCCACGCUGUCCCUGCAUAGUCUGUUCGAGCUCAGAACGUGUCUCCAGACGGGGACGGUUCUGCUGGAUCUGGAAGGCUACUCACUGCCACAAAUAGUUGAUGACAUCAUUGAGAGACAGAUAGAGGAAGGCAUGACAUCUCCUGACCUGCGAGAGAAGAUCAGCUUUGUCCUGUUGAGAAGACAUCGACACCAGACCAAGAAGCCAAUCCACCGCUCGUUAGCUGACAUCGGCAAGUCCAGCUCCUCUACCAAUCGGAAUGCAGGGACCCGAGGUGGACCGGGGUCAGGGCCGGGGCCAGGACCAGGGCCAGGGCCAGGGUCAGGGUCAGGGUCAGGGCCAGGUAUGGGGCCGGUGACCAACUUUAACCGAUCCACAGAGGACCUCAGAAUGAAACAGCAGCCAACAAACUAUGGCCGUCUGCGUCACGCUCAGAGCAGGAGUAUGAAUGAUAUUGCAGAUACUCCCAGCACAGACCAGCUGAAAAACAAAUUCAUGAAGAAGAUCCCUAGAGAUGCAGAGGCAUCCAAUGUCUUAGUCGGUGAAGUAGAUUUCCUCAACAAACCUUUUGUAGCUUUUGUCCGACUGGCCCAAGCUACAACACUAGGAGGUCUGACAGAGGUCCCUGUUCCCACCAGAUUCCUGUUCAUUCUCUUGGGACCCCAAGGAAGGGCCAAAUCAUACAAUGAGAUUGGCCGAGCCAUAGCGACCCUAAUGGUGGAUGAUUUGUUCAGUGAUGUAGCCUACAAGGCCAGAGAUCGAGAGGACCUCAUCGCAGGCAUAGAUGAGUUUUUAGAUGAAGUGAUUGUGCUUCCACCUGGAGAAUGGGAUCCCAAAAUCCGCAUUGAGCCACCCAAGAAAGUCACCUCAGCUGACAAAAGGAAGUCAGUGUUUUCUUUAAAUGAGCUGGGACAGAUGAACGGCACAGCUGGAGGAGCAGGAGGACUGACUGAGGACGAGGAGAUGCCAGCUCAACAUGAGCUCGGAGAGGAGCUGGCAUUCACUGGACGCUUCUGUGGUGGCCUGUACCUGGACAUAAAGCGGAAAUUGCCGUGGAUACCAAGUGAUUUCUACGAGGGAUUUCACAUUCAGUCCAUCUCUGCUGUGCUGUUCAUCUACUUGGGUUGCAUCACCAACGCCAUCACUUUCGGUGGUCUCCUGGGAGACGCUACCGACAAUUACCAGGGUGUCAUGGAGAGUUUCUUGGGUACAGCCUUGGCUGGUUCUGUCUUCUGCCUCUUCAGCGGGCAGCCCCUCAUCAUCCUCAGCUCCACUGGACCCAUCCUCAUCUUUGAGAAGCUCCUUUUUGAAUUCAGCAAGAACAACAGCAUAGAUUACAUGGAGCUGCGUCUGUGGAUCGGCAUCCAUUCCUGCCUGCAGUGUUUCGUUCUUGUAGCUACAGAUGCCAGUUACAUCAUCAAAUACAUGACGCGCUUCACAGAGGAGGGCUUUUCCAGUCUCAUCUCCUUCAUUUUCAUCUCUGAUGCCAUCAAGAAGAUGGUGGGCUCCUUCAAAUAUUAUCCCAUCAACACCGACUUCAAGCCUGACUACGUGACCACGUACAAGUGCGAGUGCCUGGCUCCAGACCCGAUUCCUAUGCCAGAUAACAGCUCUACUGUCUCUGGGUUGAAUGUGACAGCUCUGGACUGGAGCCAGCUAAGCAAGAAGGAGUGUCUGAAGUACGGAGGCUCUCUGGUGGGAAAGUCCUGCAAGUUUGUCCCAGAUCUGGCCCUCAUGUCCUUCAUCCUCUUCUUCGGCACCUACUCCAUGACCGUCUCCCUCAAGAAGUUCAAGUUCAGCCGCUACUUCCCCACGAAGCUGAGGAAACUUAUCAGUGACUUCUCUAUCUUCAUGUCCAUCAUGACGUUUGUUGGACUCGAUAUGUUGAUGGGACUCAAGACCCCCAAGCUGAUUGUCCCAACAGAAUUUAAGCCAACUCGGCCGGACCGUGGCUGGCUGGUGAUGCCUUUCGGUAAAAACCCAUGGUGGAUAUAUCUGGCCAGCUUCGUUCCUGCUCUCCUCGUCACUAUCCUCAUCUUCAUGGACCAGCAGAUCAGCGCAGUCAUUGUUAACCGCAAGGAGAACAAGCUUAAGAAAGGCUGUGGCUACCACCUGGAUCUGUUUUGGGUGGGCGUCCUGAUGGCCGCCUGCUCCUUCAUGGGCCUACCCUGGUACGUAGCUGCCACCGUCAUCUCCAUUGCCCACAUCGACUCUCUCAAGAUGGAGAGCGAGUCCAGCGCUCCAGGAGAGCAGCCACAGUUUCUCGGGGUCAGAGAACAAAGGGUGACAGGAAUUUUGGUGUUUGCUCUUACUGGAGUCUCCAUCUUCCUCGCUCCAGUACUUAAGUUCAUUCCCAUGCCUGUGCUGUAUGGUGUCUUCCUCUACAUGGGCGUAGCUUCUCUCAGUGGAAUUCAGUUCUGGGACAGGAUUAAGUUGUACAUGAUGCCGUCCAAGCAUCAACCAGACUACUCUUACCUCCGUCAUGUUCCUCUGAGGAGGGUACACCUGUUCACGCUGAUCCAGAUUAUGUGUCUGGCUGUGCUCUGGAUCCUCAAAUCCACCUUCCUGGCCAUCAUAUUCCCUGUCAUGAUCCUGGGUCUGAUGGUGGUCAGGAAGAUGCUGGACAUGGUCUUCUCCCGACACGACUUGGCCUGGCUGGACGACCUCCUGCCUGAGAAAGAGAAGAAGAAGAAGGAUGACGACAAAAAGAAAGGGAAGGGGAAGGAGAAGGAAAAGAAGAAGUCCAAAGCAGACGACAGUGAGGAGGAGGACAAGUACCACGCCUACUCCAACCACUCACCCAGCUCAGAGUCGGACUUGGAUCGCAGCAUCACCCUCCACUUGAAGAUCUCCUGCCCAUCAUCUCCGGCCAUCCCUAUGGGCCGAGGAAUAGCCUGUUCCGUGCCCCAGGUCAAGAUCGAGAUGGAGUCGGACUAUGAUUCUGACAUCGACCACCACCAUCCCCGGGACAUGAGCAGCGAGACCACAUUGUGAAGCUGAGACACAAAAUCUUGCUGACAGAACAAUACACAACACAGUGUGGGCGGACUACUGAGUGCAGCCAGUGCUGACCCACAGACACUACGAGGUGGUACAGACUGACAGCUAUGAGCAAACUGAACAGACACCUGAACAGACUGGGAUGGGGCUAAUGCAAUCACUGCAUUUGGAAAAGCAUUUGCUUUUUAACACGGGAAUAAAUAGUAUAUUGAAAACUAAAUUUAUUUUCUUGUAUGAUGUAAAGAGAAAAUAUUUAUCUGUAUAUGGCAAUAUAUUUGUUGUGAAAAGUGUAUCUUUAUUAUUACUAGCUAUAUAUUUGUAUUGUACUAUCACUGUAAUUACACUAAAUAGAAGUAUCAUGCCCAAACUUGUACAUUCAUUUCACAUAUGCCUGUGUGUACAAUUUGAUUUUGAGGCAGGAAACAUGAAAACAAGCACUAUUUACCACAAGCUUUUAAAGUUUGCCGUACAAAGCCAUGCCUUUUGUUAUACGUUAGACCUUGUAUGUGUGUGUUGAUGCUUGUAUUUGUAUUUUGGUGUGUGUUUGAAUAUGGUAUAGUGUGCAUCAGCCCAGCUCUCCUUUCCUCUGUUUCUUCAAGUACAACACUCCAUAUUGGCACAAAAGCAGGAACAAAAAGAAACAACCAAAAGGCCCUGAUGUUUUAAUGUCUCUGAAAAACAUCCAUGUAUUUUGUAGGAUGUAGCUGACAGACUCAUAUUGUGUUUCUACCUCCAAAGACUCUGUAUGAAAACAUGAUUAACCACAGCACUACAUAUAAGACAAUAACGAGAACUGCACACAGAAAGGAUAUUCAUGAACUGGCAGAAUUUGUUUCAUUAAACUUCCAUUAUUACAAA